CUUUAAAUGAACCUUUAUACUUUUUUCACUAGCAACCUUUGUAUCAUCCGGCGAUUAUUAAAAAUUGAUAGAUAUACGCAUUGUCAGUCUUAGUUUAAAUAAUUAAUGUGUUAAGAUCAUUCAAAAAUGGUAGAGCAUGCAAGAAAGAAGCAGAAACUUGAAGACGUUCUGAAUCCAAAUGAAGAGCAAAAAUUGAGGAAUGUUCAUCAAGUUCACUCAUUAUUCUUUAUUAUUGGCAUAUUAUGUUUGCUGUUCAUCUUGGGUACAACAAAAAGAAUUAUGUAUAAUGCUCCGGAUUUAACAGAUAAGAACUUGCCAUUUGUUGGAAUUGAGGCUUGGAAAGACUUGAAGGCAUUAAACGAUAUGGGACCAAAAGUAACUGGAACCAAAGAAAAUGAAGUGCUUGCUGUAAACUACAUAAAGAAGAGAAUUGACAAUAUUAUAAAACGCUCAGAUCCAGCACAAAGUAUUCAGUUUGAUCAUCAAAUUGUCAGUGGAAGUUUUCAUCUAAAUUUUGAUCCUGGAAUGGCUGCAGUCUAUCAGGAUAUUCAAAACUUGGUGGUUCGAGUUGAAGGAGACAGUCCAAAUGCUUUACUAAUUAAUUGUCACUUUGAUUCCGUUUUUGGGUCGCCUGGUGCGAACGAUGACAUCGCUAACUGUGCAAUUAUGCUAGAGAUUCUAUCUAUUCUUUCAAUCAAAACUGUUAAAAAUCGCCAUACAAUUGUUUUUCUGUUUAAUGGAGCUGAAGAAAUGGGCUUGAAAGGUGCUCAUGGAUUUAUAACUAAACAUAAGUGGGCUAAAGAUUGCAAAGUCUUGAUUAAUUUAGAGGCUGCUGGAAGCGGUGGAAAAGAAAUAUUAUUUCAAAGUGGUCCUGGAAAUUCGUGGCUUAUUAAUCACUAUCAUUCGGUUCGUCGUCCAUUUGCACAAGUUUCUUCUGAGGAAAUAUUCCAAUCUGGUGUUAUUCCUUCAGACACUGAUUACAGAAUAUUUCGAGAUUUUGGGAAUAUGGUUGGACUUGAUUUUGCACAUUUCGUGAAAGGCUAUCGAUAUCACACAAAGUUCGAUCACAUUGAUUAUUUAAGCAUUGGAAAUAUUCAAAGAACAGGAGAAAAUGUUUUGGAAUUAGCACUGUCAAUAGCUAAUGGAGAUGAACUUGAUAAUUUGGAUAAAUUUGACAAAACGGAUCUUGCUGUGUACUUUGACUAUCUUGGCAUUGUCCUAGUCAACUAUACCAAAGAAAUUGGAAGCAUCAUUAAUUUCAUAGUGACAAUUUUAGCAAUUACAGUUCCUUACCUAUCACUCAAAAAAUCAACAGUUUCAAUCCAUUCAAAGCAUAUUUUGAAGGAAACCUUUCUUGGAUUAAUUUCCAUGUUCGUUGGAAUCGCUGCAUCUUUAUUGGUAUGCUACGUAACUGCAUAUUUCCUUGAUAAAACAGGUCAUUCAAUGAGUUGGUACAGAAAUAACUUUAUGGCUAUUGGAAUUUAUUCAAGUGCUACUGUCUGGUUCCUUCUUCUUGCUUAUGAUGUAUUUGACAUGGUUUUUGCCAGUAAACACUCUCCUGUUAGUUUAGGAUUAAAAGUUCAGGCACGGAUUAAUGGAGUCAACAUUUUAUGGGGAAUUUUGACACUUGGAUUAACAAUUUUAGGAAUAAGAUCUGCUUACUUAUUCAUGAUUGUUUUGCUGAUCAACCUCUUUUCAACUGUCGGAAUAUUUUUAUUGAAACUUCAAAAUUCUGUGCAUAAAUGGCUAUAUGUGUUCCUUAUUGGUCAAAUUUUCAUUACUUUAUGGGCUUCGUACUUUAAAACAGCAGUUACUGAGAUGUUUAUUCCAAUAACUGGUCGUAUUGGAAAUAAACCUAAUCCUGAUGCAAUUGUUGCUGUCAUAUCGUGCGUCACUACUGUUUUUAUCGUUAGCUAUUUCAUUCCAUUGACUCAUCUUUUGAAAGGAAAAACCUUGAAAUAUACCGUGAUCAUGUCACUUUUCUUUAUUUCAAUAUUCGUGGCUACUUCAACAAGCAUUGGAUUUCCUUAUCAAGAUGAAUCAACUGGAAAUCCAGUCGUACAACGUCAUUAUGUUGUGCACACAACAAGAACAUUUUAUGAUAUUAAUGGACAUGUUAGAAAAGCAGAUAGUGGAAUAUUAUUCAUUGAAUGGGAUAGAAAUUGUUUAAAGACCAUUGAGGGAGUAACAAUGCCUGUUCAGCCUCAAACUCUUGAGGAAAUGUGCGAUGAUGAACCGUUCUGUGGAUUGCCGAUUGUUUUUAGUCGAAUGUUUAUGUUUGGCAUGAAAUGGCUUCCAUCAAAGCCUCCAAAACUCAUGGAUUAUGCAGUACUUAAUACUUAUUCCAAAACUGUCUUGAGCGCAGAUCUCGUCAAUUAUCAGUUCACUGUCAAUUCCACUAAAUUAAUGGGCAUUUAUGUACAUCCAAGAAAUGGAACUGAAAUGGUUGGAUGGAGCUUUUCAGACGAAGUCGAAUCAGUUGCUAAUAAAACGUAUUUAGCACAUAUUGCCUUUGGAAUACCCAAAAAGCCACUUUAUUUUGACAUUACAUUAAAAACAUCAAACGUAGAAAGCAAUCAACCGAUUGUAGAUGUUAAUCUCGUCACUCUUCGAUCAGAUCGCCAAGAAGAUUAUACAGAUGGAUUUAAGGAUAUUAUUAAAAGAUUUCCAAGCUGGUCAUUCCCAGUUCCUUUACUUUCUGGGGUUAGUGCUUAUCAAUUUUAAGAAAAUAUGAUCUGUAAUAGCAUAUUAGAUGUAGAGCAUUUAAGGAUCACUCACAGAUGACGUCCAGUUAAAGACCAUAGGCAAUGUUAGACGUCAUUUGUGAAUGCCUUUCUUAUUUGUUUAAAUAAACCACUUUUUAUUUUUCUGU